CUGCUGCUGCUGGUGUGCGUCGUGGUCUCUUAUCCUCUUCACCACCUCCCGAGUCUGCCAUGGCAUCCAUGAUGUGCUCCUACUCCUACUCCUACUCCAUGCCCGCCGCCGCCAGGGCUCCGGUCCUCCGCAGCAACGCCAACGCCGCCUCGCUCGGGUUCGCCACCUCGCAGCUCGCGGGCCUCAGCCUCGGCCUCACCUCCACCGCGGUCUCCAUCCCCACCAACACCAAGAACGCCAUCGUCGCGCGUCGGAUCUGCCCCUUUCUGGAGAAGAAGACGAACCGGGCCAACAAGGUGUCCUUCUCCAACCACAAGACCAAGAAGCAGCAAUUUGUGAACCUGCAGUACAAGAAGCUGUGGUGGGAGGCCGGAAAGCGCUACGUCAAGCUCAGGCUCUCCACCAAGGCCCUCAAGACAAUCGAGAAGCACGGCCUCGACGCCGUCGCCAAGAAGGCCGGCAUCGACCUCAACAAGAAAUGAGUGAUGAUGACCCAUAGCAUAUCUUCUUGAUUUCCUCACCUCAUCCAUUUCAAUGGAAUGGAAUGGAAUGUAGUAUGCGAAAUGGAUUUAUCUUCAGUUUUCCUUUUCUCCCCUUUUUCCUAGUGUGAUUGGUGUAAGUAACCUUAUAAAUAAAUGUCCCCCUUUUGCUA